AUGGUUUACGAGUCCCAAGAAAUCGAUAUCAAAAUUUACAAUGCUGUGAUUCGUGAUAAAUGGGAUUUCGUAAGUAAAAUCUUUCAAGAGAAACCAGAACUACAAAUCAAGCCAAUCAGUUGGCGGUUGGAGACGCCGCUAAUGAUAGCCGUCGGAACGAAUCAAUCCCAUGAUUUUGUCCGAAAUUUGCUUCAAAGUCUUAAUAAUGAUCAUGACUUGAUCAAUUGUGCGAUGGAAGCAAAGAACGAUGAAGGAGACACGGCCCUCCAUUACGCUACUAAGGUUGGGAAUAUGAUUGAUGCAAUAUUAUUGCUCACAUAUUCUUCCAAACCUGAAGAGAUGGCCUUGCAGAAGAAUAGGGAUGGAACUACGGCGUUGCUCUAUGCUGCCAGGUGCGGAAGGAAGAAGGAAAUGCUUGUAUACUUGUAUUCGUUGACGAGUGUUUUUUUAAACCCUCUCAAUUCAAGAAAUCCGACUCGAACAUUGUUUCUCGGCCCUUUACUUACUAACGCCAUUGAUGCUGGAUUCCUCGACGUAGCAUUAAACCUAGUCGAAGCGUACUCAAAGGGUGUCCUAGGCGGCACACUAUAUGACUCACAAAAAUCUUUGUCGGUACUAGCUGGCAAACCAGAACUUUUUUAUAGCGGAAAAAAGCUUGGAUUUUGGCGUCGUCUCAUUUAUAACUCGUUGCAUGUGGACGAGAAGCGUAGUAAACUCAUGACACCUGUUGAUGAGAAGACGACGAGUAAACGAUAUGCUCAUGAUAUGGAAACAGCCUACACCGCAAAGGAAUUUUCCAACUAUAACUACAAACGUACAUCUGCUACAACAGGGAUUAAGAGGAUGUUCCAAUACCUAGCUUCACCAAUCAAAGGCAUCUAUGAUUUGAAGCUAACACACAAACAAAGCCAUCAUCUUUUAAACUGCAUAUGCAAAAUGGUGAUAGAAAAGGGUGACCAAGACAUUGUUUCAGCGCUCUUUGUGUCCACAGUUAAUAAGGCCGUAGAAUAUGCAAAUUAUGAGGUACUUAAGGAGUGUAUAUUAACAUACCCAAGCAUUAUGUGGUCUGUUUCUUGGUCCGAUUUCGAACACCGUCAUAUAUUCUACGAAGCCAUCAAGCAACGCCAAGAACAAGUAUACGAUCUUGUCAAGGAAAUGAAUAGCUACAAGGGAGUCGUAUUAAAUCACACUGAUGAAAACACAAACGAGAACGUAUUACAUAUUGCUGCAAAGUUGGCCCCGCCUCAUCGACUCAAUAUUGUAACCGGUGCAGCUCUGCAAAUGCAGCAAGAGCUUCAAUGGUUCCAGGAAAUUGAAGAUUUUGUAGAACCUUCACUGAGAGGAGGCGAAAACAAUGACAAGAAAACUCCUAGAAUGCUUUUCACUGAUGAGCAUAAAGAAUUGCUUAAAGAAGGGAAAGAAUGGAUGAAAGACACUGCAUCUGCAAGUAGCGUUGUAGCAACACUCAUAGUGACAAUGGCUUUUGCAGCUGUCUUCACGCUCCCAGGAAUACUUACUUCACGCUAUGGAGAAGCAGACUUCCUUCAUGUGUUGCCAAGGAGAUUGAUGGGUGGACUUUUCACCUUGUUCGUGUCAUUAGCAGCUACCAUGAUCACAUUCAGUGCAACUCUUGCACUUGUGCUUCAAGAUAAAUGCAACUGGAUUGCAGUUCCUCUUGUUAUAAUAACAAGUAUUCCAGUGGGUCUGUUUGCCAUAAUACAAUUUCCUCUGCUCAUUGAGCUAUUCUACGUCACAUAUGGACCAACUAUCUUUCGCAAGCGUUACAAGAAAGUGUUUCUUUAGGUGCAAAACAUUUAAUGUGUGUGUGCGUGUGUGUUUGUAGUUGGCAAUUCAAGAUGUUAGAAUGUAUUAAUUCUAGCCCAAUUAACCUAAAACUUUUCUUAUUUGAAUAAGGUCAGUUUGUGAUCUAAUUUGCCUAAAAAUAAUGAUUG